AUGAGCCUCUCCUCCGUCCUCAGUAACUCGUUGACCGCCGUCGCCGCACCAACCUCCGACGACCCAAUCCUCCAGUGCACCGAUGACCUGCAAACCCUCCUUUUUCAAGACACUGCGAACGCGCUCAGGCUUGCCGAUGAAAAACUACACGUGUUCCCCUUUAAAGACGUGCACAACAGCUGGCGUCGAUUGUACACCGACGCGUCGAUCGUGAAAGCAUGCCUCGCCAUUAUCCGCAACUGCAACCUCCUCGGUUCCCAGACCGAGCAAGCCACAACACACAAAGUGGAUGUGCCUAAGCUAAUUCAUGAUUUACAAAAUGUGACCAAAGACGUGAAGAUCUGCUCGAGCUCGUCAUGGCUUCCCGAGGUCAUUCACACUCUGGACCAUGCGUUACUCAUGACGGGAGGACUACGUCGAGAGAAGCUCAUCGACACCUUGCUGUCUACACUACAGACGGCUACUUCUGAACAAGAUGUCUCGGACUAUGCUCUUGACGACGAGUCCAUACCUCCCUCCAAGCGCCGCAAACUCUCACAGCCACUCUUCCCUCCCGAGUCCGUCCCCUCGCCUCGCCUAAAGUACCCCAUUCCGCGCGUCUCGGCGCCGUCCUUCGAUACCAUGCAGGAGCAUAUCCUCGAAACUGGCACACCCCUGGUGAUUACUGACGCAGUGGAACAUUGGCCAGCGAUGUCGACUCGUCACUGGAAUUCUCGCGAGUACUGGUUCAACCGCACGUUGAACGGCCGCAGGCUUGUGCCCGUUGAAGUGGGCAGGUCGUACACUGAUGAAGGAUGGGGACAGAAGAUUAUGGAGUUUCGGGAGUUCCUGGAUAAGCAUAUCUGGCGAGGAAAGCUGAGGCUCGGCGCUCGACCGCGAGAUGAGCAUGGCAACUCUGGAGACGACGAGGAGACCGGGUAUAUGGCACAGCAUGAUCUUCUCUCGCAGAUUCCUGCUCUGCGCAACGAUAUCAGCAUACCUGACUGCUGCUAUAUCGACCCUCCGGGUGCAGAACCGGGCACGCCCGUCUACCUAGCCAAGCAGCGAGAGCGCGAAGCGGCAAAGGCCAAGAAGGCGGAGAACAUGACGAGCCCAAAAGCAGACGAGUCGUCCUUUUCAGCCGAAAAGGACGAUAACGCGUCAGAGGCGGGCUCUCUAAUGGCAUUCCCGACAGACCCGAUCAUCAACACCUGGAUCGGGCCGUCAUGGACUAUCUCGCCUCUUCACCAUGAUCAGUAUCACAAUAUUCUCGUUCAGGUGGUCGGUACCAAAUACAUCCGUCUCUACUCACCGCAUACCCCAGCUUCCCAAAUUCAUCCACGGGGUCAGGAAUGGGUGGCUUCCAAGGACGAGACCGAAUCCGGUACUUCGUCUGAUGGCGAACCUGCCAAGAGACUUAUCGACAUGUCCAACACUUCCAAGGUCGACGUUGCGGCCAUUGAACUUUCCCCCGCAGAGAAUGAACAAUGGGAGGCGAUGUGGCCAGGAUUCCUUCAGGCAGAGUACAUUGAAACUGUGUUGCACGAGGGCGAGUGUCUAUACAUCCCCGUUGGAUGGUGGCACUAUGUUCGGGGCCUGCGAGCUGGUAUUAGCGUUAGCUUCUGGUGGGGCUGA